AUGAAUGAUUUCAAUUCGCUUCCGCUUCAGCACUCUGAUAGGAUUUCUGCAGUACAUCUGACAUUAGUCGUUGACGGACGCAAAGACGAGAUUCGUCAGUACGCGCCAGAACUCGAUUGGAUUGGCCAUUCGUUCGCCUACCUCGGUUCCGUUCCUCUUGAACGGCACGUUGCCGGAGUCACGAAGAAUGCCUUUCGUGGUUGUGUGAAGCAGGUGAAAUACGACGCCGAUGCGCAGCGUAUACUGUUCGUCACACUGGCCGAUCAGGGUUUUGGCGGUAGUAUCAUCAAAACAGGUGGCGAGUUGUCGUUCUCCUGCAAAAGCCCAACGCAACCACCGGAUGUGUUGUCGUUUCAUUCUGGCUCGUCGUUUCUUGCUUUGCCGAAGUGGGGCGCUCUGGCCAGUGGCAGUCUGUCAUUCCAUUUCCGAACCACGGAGAAAGAUGGACUUCUUCUUUACCAC